CACUGCACUACAUUGUUACCCUUUUCCUGAUCUGUGCCCUGGGUGUUGGGGAUUAACUCACAGAACAGCUCCAUCCAGGAUGUAUUCUGUAAGGACAUCUUCACCAGGUUUUCUAGUAUAGUUUUUAUGUGUUACUUUUUAAGUGUGGGGAAAUACCAUUGCUUCCUGGAAGGGGAGGUGACAAUUUAGAGUCCCAUGGAUACCCAUCCUUCAGGGACUGUUCGGACACUUGUCCUUUUAUUAAGAUGUUAAAAUGGAACGACCCUGAAUCUAUGUAAAGUAUGUUUCUUUUUCCCAUCCCUAUUCCACGUGCUGAAAUAGGGAGAAAAAUUGAACUUUCUGCUUAUAUUUGGUAGACUCCACUCUCUAGGAUAAUCAUCCUGGCAUGAUAAUUAAGUAUGUGUAGCUAUCUUGGAGCAUUCAAAAGAAACAGCUGAACUCCCACCAGAGUUCUCUGUACAGAGAUUGCCAAAGUACUCCCUUUUAGUAAUAUUUUAUUCUCUCUGUAUUAAGAUGGGAGACAGCUGAGUGAUUAUUACAAAGAAAUGCAUUAUCAGGCGCAGUAGUGUCAUUCCAGCAGCUCAGGAGGCUGAGGCAAGAGGAUCCCAAGUUGGAGGCCAGCCUCAACAACUUAGGGAGAUCCUAAGCAACUCAGUGAGACCCUGUCUCUAAAUAAAUAUUAAAAGGGCUGGGGAUGGGGCUCAGGGGUUAAGCACCCCUGGGUUCAAUCCCUGGCACCCUCCCCCAAAACAAUCCACUGUAAUCAAGACAGCACUGACGUACCCUAACCUAUGCAAGUCUGAUCUAUGUAGACUCUGCUCAGGGGGCCUCCUUCCCACUGGUCUGCAAUCCUCCUCAUUCAAAUCCACCAGAACUUGUAAAGCAUAAACUACACAGUUGUGCAGAUAAAAAUCCACCUUUCCUUGAGGUGAGCAGUCUUAUUCCCACUGAUGAAGGCCACUGUCCUUUUCAUGAGGAAUCACCCUUCCAUUUCUCCACAGACCCUGACAGCAUACUUUCCCCCACCCCCCAUACAAUGAGCAAAGGCGGCCUCUACAGAAUUCCUGCCCUCAGGGAUACCUUUCUGUCUGAAAUUGGCAUUGGGAUCUUGGCCCACACUGCCCUCCUCCUCUUCCAUGUUUUCUCGUUCCUUCUGGGGCACAGGCCCAAGCCCAUGGACCUGCCCAUUGCUCUCCUGGCCCUGACCCACCUGCUGUUGCUGACCGUCACGGGCUUCAUAGCUACAGACGUCUUUAUGUCUCUCUGGAGAUUCUGGGAUGGCGUCACCUGUAAAGCCGUCAUCUACCUGCACAGGCUGAUGAGGGGCUUCUCCAUCAGCACCUCCUGCCUGCUGAGUGUCCUGCAGGCCAUCACCCUCAGCCCCAGAGGCUCCCCCUUGGCCAAGUUCAAACCCAGGUCCCCACACAACAGCCUGAGACCCCUCCUUUUCCUGUGUGUCUUGUACAUGUCCGUUAGCAGCCACCUCUUAGUCUCCAUCGUUGCCACCCCCAACUGGACCUCAGGGGAUCUGAUGGACGCCACCCAUUCCUGCUCCGUGUGGCCCAUCAGUUACUGGAUCCGGCAGAUGGUGUCCAUCCUGUCUACUUUCCGGGAAGUCUUCCUCAUGGGGCUCAUGGCCGCCUCCAGUGGGUACAUGGUGGCCCUCCUGUGCAGGCAUAAGAGGCAGUGCCAGCGCCUCCACAGCACCAGCCUGUCCCCGAGAGCCUCCCCAGAACUGAGGGCCACCAGGACCAUCCUGCUGCUUAUGGGACUCUUCAUGCUCAUGUCCAUAUUGGACUACGUCAUCUCCUCCUCAAGAAUUAUAUGGAACAAUGACCAGAUUCUUUAUUGCAUCCAGAUCUUUGUGGCUCAUACCUAUGCCACAGUCAGUCCUUUGGUGUUCAUCGGCACUGAAAAACGCAUAAUUAAUUUCUUCAAGUCCCUGUGGGGAGGUCCUUAAAUGCUCAAUGAUUCAGGCAGGAAUACAUUCUGGUAAGAUCAGCUAAUGCCACUGGCUGCAGAACAGUUCAUCAGAGCAUAUAUGUAUAUGCACAUAUUGUAUGUACAUACACACAUACACACCAUAAAGAACAUACGUGAUGUGUAUGUGUAUAUAUCUAUAUGUAAAUAGCAGAUCACACACUCACAUACAUAAAUACAUACCCACACACAUAUAUAUACAUGCUCUUUUUUGGGAGAGAUACUGGGGAUUGAACUCAGAGGCACUCAACCACUGAGCCCCAUCCGUAGUCCUAUUCUAUAUUUUAUUUAGAGACAGGGUCUCAGUGAGUUCCUUAGGGCUUCAGUAAGUUGCCAAGGCUGGCCUCGAACUUGCAAUCCUCCUGCCUCAGCCUCCCAAGAUGCUGGAUGACAGGCAGGCACCCCCAUGCCCUUUCUAUAUACAUUGUGUUUUGGUAAAGUUCUGAUAUGGAAUGCGUUGUUUGCAUUUUGCUGAUUUACCUCAAUACAUAUAGAUGGCAUAGACAUCAUGAGUAAUGGAACCACAUACUGUCACCUGUCACACAAAUGUUUGCAUUUCUGAAUGGGUCUUCAAGGGAAAACGGUGAGUUGGAUCUCAACUGGGGCACAGCCUGAUUUAACACAGUGUGCUAUUUGGGUCUGGAAUGCCCGGUGCCCAGGUGUUGAAGGACUCAUGUCCAGCCUGUGCCACUGUGGGGAGGAGAUGAGACCUUUAGGCCUUGAGGCCUAUUAGGAGGAACAUAGAUCAUUGAAGGCUUGUGCUUGAAGCAAAUAUUGGACCCUGGCCCCUGCCUGUCUCCGGUCUGCUUUGUGAAUACCAUGAGGAAAGCCACCUUGUCCCACCCCACGCUCCCCACCAUGAUGGACGACGCUACCACAGACCAAAGCAACAGUGCCAAGUGGCCAUAGAUGGCAACCUCUGUAAUUGUGAACCAAAAUAAAAGAAUACUUUCCUCCUUUUAAGUUGUUGAUCUCUCUGGUGUUUUUCACAGAUGCGAAAAAUUAACCAAAAAGUUCCUGCCCAGUAGUGGUACACAAGAAGCGGUCCUUUCUGUGACUCUACCAGAAAGCCUUUGCAAUUAGUUUAUGAAAGAAGUUUGGCGGACCAGGCUAGGGAAAUUCUAGAAUUCCACAGGCAGAGCUUCACGGGUGAUCAUUGUGUGGGCUCAAAACCAAACUGGCACUGACGGGCGUGCGGACAGUAAAGACUGUGUUCAUGAGGCCUCAGACAGGAGUGAGAGUUCUCCUGGGGAUCAGGACAGGCCACCCGUGCAAUUCUGGCAAAGAACUUGUCCACAUUUGGCUCAUGCUCCCAAAACUGUGUGGGAGGCUGAGUUUAAAGGUGAUGGGGUCAUUAACUGGCAGAGGACAUUUCUAGGUAACACAAGCAUUCAGGCUGUGGCCUGAGCACAGCUGGCCUCUUUAAGCCAGAUUCAUGAUGAGGAUUGGAAGCCAAAAAAAAGCAGAUCAGAAAGAUAUGGAAGCCCCCACCGUUUGGCCAGAAAAGACGUUCUUGUAAAGGUCCUAUCAAGGAGGAGAGGGUCACUAAUGAGAUGACACUAUUUUAAAAGAAGCCGAGUACUUUGCACAAGGACGGUAAGAAAGAUGCUUUGAGGGUCUAUCAGAAAUCAACAAGAAGCCAUCCAUGGCAGGCUCAGAGGUGUCAACUUUUCAAAGAAGACUCUCCUCAGAGAAGAAACUGCAGGUGCAACUGCUCGUACAAUGCUGCUUAGUGUGCGCAAUGUCAGAGUCCUCGCUAGUAGCAGAAGAGGUGGACGCAGCUGUGAGAGGGGAGCAGGGCUGCCAAGGGGGCUCAGGAGGGCAGAGAUGCCAGGGAUGAGGGCUGCCUGCUAGGGGCUGCCUGCCGAGAGGCCUGUGUGCUACACCCAGCAGGGUCAUUGUGAGGAGACCCUUAAGCCCUUUGGAGAUCACACGUGCCCUGGGCAGGGAGCUGAAGAUCUAGUGUUUGCUCUGCUUUUGUUUUCUGAGCUUUGGAGGUCCUUCCAGAAAACCUACAUGUACCCAUGUCCUGCUACAGUUUCAGGUCCUACGUGUUGGUCUUUGACCCAUCUUAGUGUGAUUCUGGGGUGGCUUGAGAGAGAGCAGGUUGCUUUUCAGUCUACCAUGUUAAUCCAGUCUUUCUGGUACCAUUUAUUAAAGAGGCAAUAUUUUAUCCUCUGUACGUCUGGGGAGAUUUUCUUGAGAAUCAUUUGGCUGUAGGUGUGUGGGUGCAUUUCUGGCCUGUUCCGUUAGUCUGCGUGUCUGUUUCUAUGUCAAUAUCCUGCUGUCUGAACUACUGUGGAUUUGGGAUACGUUUUGAAACAAGGUACGGUGAUGUCCUCUGACUUCUUCCUUUUGUUCAAGAUGGCUUUGGUUACUCCAGGUCUUUGCAUCUCCAUAUGAAUUUUUAGGAUCUUUUUCUGCUUCCAUGAAGAAUAUCACCGGCCUUGUGAUAAGGAUUGCACUGAAACUGUAGCUCGCUGGGGGGGAGUGUGGCCACUUUUAAAACACUCAUAUUCCUAUACUCCAAUGAUGAAUCUGCUGUUGAUUUUUCAUUCUGAUACUUUGCUGAAUUCAUUUAUGAGUUCUAGAAAUCUGGUGGGGUUUUUUGGAGUGUUCUAAAGACAAGAUCGUGGUGUUGGCAAACAGAGAUGAUUUAAGCUCUUCUUUUCCUGAUUGUAUCCCUUGAAUUUCCUUUUCUUACCUAAUUGCUCUGGCUAGCGUCUCAAGGACCGUGUUAAAUAGGAGUGGUGACGGUGGGCAUCCGUGCCUUGCUCCUGUCUUUAGAAGAGAUGCUUUCAGUUGUCUGCAUUCACAAAUGGCUUGGG